AUGAACAGUUUCAAGACUCUAAUCUUAGCACUGACUGUCGGUGAUAGUAUGACCAACGCUCUCACUCACUACCGACCCAAAGAUUACGCAGGAUCCUUUCGUAGUUUUAUGUUGAAAGCCAGAGAAGAGAGACAAGAGACAGCUACGGUUACUGCUGGAACGUGGACGGGUAUGUUAUGGGCAUCUGCAGCAGACGCCAGCAUAUUAGUUCCAGUAGAGUCUAUCACAAGCAUCAUCACACAAACAAGGACGACAGAACUGGGCACACUUACCGAAUCCAUCAUCGUGACGCCAACAGUUUUCGUGAGACCAUCUAACUCCUGGGCUCCAGGUUCAAGGACUUCUCUCAAGCCUUCAACAAGUUGUCUACCAUCAUCUCAGCAAAGCGAAGAAACUCAACAGCCAACUCCAGAUCCAACUAAUUUGUUUGCACCAGCAACCCCAUCUUCAUCUCGAUCCACUCAAAAUCCGACCGCCAGUCCUACCACUAGCUCUAUAACCACAAGCUCAUCCCAAACACCGACUGUCCUUAGCUCGUCAACGAGUUCCAAGGGCUUAUCACCAGGAGCCAAAGCAGGAUUAGGAGUUGGCGUUGCACUGGGCGUAGUCGCACUCUUAGGAGGUCUCAUUUGGGCACUACGUACCCGUCGAAGGAUCUCAACCCUCGAACAGACUAUCCAAUUCUCUCCCGCGUCAAGAGGCGAACCUGCCCCAGCACCGCCUCCAAAAUAUCCACCCAGAGAUUACACUGCUAACGCUGCGAUAUACGGGAUGCCGCAGAAUGGAGCAGCAUUGUGGAGAGUUUCAAGAGUUGGGGGAGGGAAGGAAAUGGAAGGAACUAGAUACGAAAAAGUAGUGAACGUUGAUGACAAUGAAGAACAUAUGGGUCCUCCGAUACCACGGAAAUUUUCGCGACGGUCGUCGUCGGUCCGUCCAAUAUCGCCAGUUCCUGAAACUUUUCAUACCCAUCCGAAUUCAUCAAUGUCAGCAGUAUCGUCAGUCUCACCCAAAUUCCCAUCCCCAAUUUAUACACUCCCAAGGAAACCCCAAAGACUAUCCAUGACUCCAUAAUAACAGAUUCAGAAUCUGAGAUUCAAACGACAUAUGUUACUAAUACCCGCUCUUCAGUAAUUCAACCGCCAUAUCCAGAUUUCGAGACUCAAAAUCAGGUUAGUGAACUUUCCCCUCCUAUUUUCUUUGUGAGUUCCGGGCUGAUUUUCAUCAAAGGAUUGUAAGAGAGAUAGUGGUUAUUGGGGGCCUUGGAUACCAGCACGUAGAGGAGGAGGAUAUCGAUGAAAAGAGGGAUCGAGGGCUCGUGCAGGGACAGGUCUCAUACCAAAUUGAUUCCAAGAACCUUGAAAGGCUAGAAAGGGGAGUGGAAAGUAAUAACGAUUUAUGUGUUUAUUCUGCGAUGUAA